ACCAUUUAAAAUGGACCAAAGCUUGGGUGAUAUGCAGUGGGGACAGUGUAACAAUGUAAUCAGGGGAGAUUUAAAGUUUACAGUGUGUGGCUCUCAGUCUGUUAUUUUAAUUUAACAGCACAAACACAGGAAGUUAGCAUUUAUUUUAUUAUUUUUUCGUUGAAGGAGGAAAACAAAGAGUGAGCUUUGUGUUGGGGCGGGUGAGGGCAGGAGAGACAGCCGGAUGAUCUUUGAUCUGCAGACGGGACGCUCCUGAGAGAGAGAUGACAGCAAAGGGCCUGAGUGCCGAGGACGACGACCCUCUGGCGGUAGGGCCACGGCAGCAGGAGCCGCAGGAACAGGAACAGCAGCAGGAGCAGGAGGAGGAAGAGGGAGAGCCUGGCAGCUCCAACCCGACCACCCAGCCACUCGCCAGCUACAAGGAGCCGCUCAACGGGGAGGCGAGUGUGGCUGCGGAGGAGUCCAGGCUGCAGGUGAGGGUAGGAGAUGGUGGCCACCCGUCUGACAAUCCCGACAGCGCCUCCUGCCCCCAGCCUGUGCCUUUCGUGCCCCCCGAGGGGGGCUGGGGCUGGGUGGUGAUGUUCGCCUCCAUGUGGUGUAACGGCUCGGUGUUUGGCAUCCAGAACGCUUUCGGGCUCCUCUACCUUUCCCUGCUGGAGAACUUCGGCGACGCAGACGACAAGCAUCUGCGCUUUAAGACAGCAUGGGUAGGUUCGCUGUCCAUGGGAAUGAUUUUCUUCUGCUCUCCCAUCGUGAGUGUUUUCACAGACUUAUAUGGAUGCAGGAAAACUGCAACAUUUGGGGCUGCUGUGGCCUUCAUCGGGCUCAUUGCAAGUUCAUUUGUCAAGUCUCUCGAGCCCAUGUAUUUCACAUAUGGAAUCGUAUUUGGCUGUGGUUCUUCAUUUGCCUAUCAACCAUCUCUAGUGAUUCUCGGACAUUACUUCAAACAGCGCUUGGGCCUGGUGAACGGGAUCGUCACAGCUGGCAGCAGUGUCUUCACCAUUGUCUUACCCUUGCUCUUGAAACAGUUGCUGCCAAAGAUUGGACUCAGCCAUACGUUGCGUAUCCUCAGUGCCUUCAUGUUUGUGCUAUUUCUGGUUGGAUUUACUUAUAAACCCCUCAUCCCAGAGGGCAGCCACAGUAACUCUUCAAGACAAAAACUCAAUGUAAAAAAAAUUUUCAAUGUGAAGAUAUGGAAAUUCCUAGGAUAUCGCAUCUGGGCUUUUGGAAUCCCAGCUGCACUCUUUGGAUACUUUGUGCCUUAUGUGCAUCUUAUGAAGUAUGUGGAAGAAACUCUUCAAUCGGCAAAUGAAGAGGUUCUUCUGAUGUGCAUUGGGAUCUCAUCAGGGGUUGGGCGAUUGAUUUUUGGCAGGGUUGCUGACUACUUACCUGGUUCAUAUAAGGUUUUCCUUCAGGUGGCAUCGUUCUUUGUUAUUGGCCUAAUGUCCAUGAUGAUUCCACUAUGCCAAAACUUUGGCAGUCUCAUUGCAGUCUGCCUUUUCAUGGGUUUAUUUGACGGAUGCUUCAUCUCAAUCAUGGCCCCCGUUGCUUUUGAGCUUGUGGGCUCAGAGAAUGUAUCCCAGGCUAUAGGAUUCCUCCUUGGAUUGAUGUCCAUUCCAAUGACAGCCGGUCCCCCAAUUGCAGGUUUACUGCGUGACUCUCUGGGGACGUACAAUCUCGCCUUCUACCUUGCAGGUGUGCCACCCAUGAUAGGAGGAGCAGUCCUCUGCACGAUCCCUUGGAUCCAGUACAGGAAACUCAAGCGACAGAAAAAGCUGAAAGCGUCAGAAGGAGAAACGGCAACCAAGAUACUGGAUCACGAUUCCAAGAACACCCUCAUGCCCGGCAGUGGGGAGCCACAGAAAGAAUAUGCAUCCAGUAUUUAAUAUCAAAUUCCACGGCACAGACUUGAUGACAGUUCAGAUCUUACAAAUGAAUCUAUUUUAUAAGUGAUUGUGUGUGUUUUUUUUUUCUCUGUCGCCAUGAAACUCAGCAGCUAAGAAUUCCCGAGGGGAAAAAUGAAGAAAAAAAUCAAACGAGAAACAAAUUGGGAGUCAACCCAGAGAAGGUCUUUAUAUCAUGCUGCAUUUCUUGUACGUGAAGCCAUUUAUUAUACUAAUUAAUUUUAGUUUAUCUCUCUGAAAUUAGAUGUAACUCUAUAACCCAAGCUUGAGUUGUAAUAAUAGCACAUCUGAUCCAGUAAAGCAUGUAGCUUCCUUCAGAAAUACCAAAAGUAGUUGCAGCAACCACAAUUUCCACUGACCGAAAGGAUAUUUCAAUCUAUCCUCUCUGCACUCGAGGAGCUAAUUUUAUUUGGAAACAGUUUCUUAAAGUUAUCAAAAUAAAACAUUGCUGUCAUGUGUAAUACCUCUGAAGGUUAAGUUCCACGUAUUUAGAAUGCUAAAUAUUACACAGGAAAGCCAAUUGAAAUAUACAGAACCUCAGAAGCAUUUCUUUAUUCCCAGUAUCCUUGGGAUUAGCGAAAAUUCUUGAUUUAGCUCUAUUGCCCAAUAUAAAUCCAUCGGCCACAAUGCCAAGCUCGCCCGCCACUGGGCUUUAAGGCGGUGACGGAGAGUGAAAUUGAAGGGGUGGGAUUCCCGCCCGCCCAGACCACGGCGUGAUUUUAUGCUGGAAUGCGCAAUGCCUUGGACAGGAAGCCCACCCUUGCCCCAGUUGAGGCCCUUAAGUGGCCAAGGACUGUUUCCCACCCAGCCUCAAUUUUUAGGCUGGUGGGAGGAUUGACCUGGCAUGAGGGAAACCCAAAAAAUAAUGGGCCCAGAUCUGUAGAUCUCGGGCGAGAAGGGGGUGGCGGGGGUGGUUGUGCCUCCAUCAGAAGUUCCCUUCUGACUGCAGACAACCACCCCCCCCCACCCACGCUUCACCCCUCCUGCUGUUUUAAGGUCCCCUGGGCAAUGUACCUCCCUCAGAUUGGCCAAUAACUCUCUAAGGCGGGACUUCCUCCUGAGUUUAGGGGGUGGGUGGGUGGCAGAAGUCCCACUUGCAGCUAAUUGGCACUGUGUUCCCCGCCGACUCUUCGGAUGGUGGGAAGGGGGACUCCAUCAUCCGAAAAAUUCAGGCCAUAAUCUUCAGAACCCACCCUGUCACAGCACCGAUGGUCAUUGCAUCUAAUAUAGGUAAUAGAUAAUGGACUAUAUAAAUAAAAGUCAUUGUAGUUGUUGUUAAAAGUGCUUUUAACAUGAUAAAACAUCCCAAGGUGCUGUACAGGAGUGUUGGCAGCAAGCCACAAAAAGAGUUGUUACAGCAGCUGAUCAGAAGCUUGAUCAAAGAGGCAGCUUUGAAAGAGCCUCAUAAAGGGGGAAAGCGAGAUUAGAGAGGCAGAGAGCUGAAGGUAUGGUCGCAAAUCGUGGAACAAUUAAAAUUGGUUAUGCUCGAGACUAGAACUGGAGGAGUGCAGAUAUUUUAUGGAAUAUCCUAUGGGUGUUGUGGAAUGGAAAUCACCAAGCUGCACAGGGCAGCUUACCCCAGCAGAUACCACAGGCCAUGCCUGUGCUGUAUCAUGGUAUUUUACAUAGUUAAAAUUCUCUUGUAGUGUACACAGUUUACUGCCAUUCAUCUUGAUUUGACAGUAUUUGUUUUUGGUUUAUGUACAGCUUUUAAAAGUCCACGUAUUAGUAUUAUGAAAUAAGCCUCUGUAUCAUGGGCACUGAGGGAGGAGGCCUAUUCGAGGACACAAGUUUAUGUGAUGAUGGCUGCUAUACCUGGCAGCCCACAUCAUUCCAUGCAGUAUAGCAAUUCUGACUGGGGCAUUGUGGAGUACCUUAUGGAGUGGAAUGUGCAGGUCAUAAGCCACUGCUGGGAGUGCUGAGAGCUGUGUACAGUGAAGUUGGGUUUGAUCGACUUGCUCUGUAUUUUAGUUCACUAUAUCGUGUAACUUUCUUGAGUCAUUUACUUGUUCAGAAUAAGCACAGAAUGAACAAUUGCUCUUUACAGCAAGUUAGGUCAGGAUUGCUAUGGUUGAGGGAAAGCACUGCAUCUCUCUUCACUCCUCUCCCUGCCCCACCCCUUUCGCUGCUUUUUAGUGAGUGGAUGAUAUAUUUUGGUCUUACAGGUCUUACCUUGUCGUGAAUUUAUCGAUCUAACGCUUCCAAUGGCUCACUCCAUUGUAGAAUACUCCUUACAGAAUACUCAGUUUAUGGACUACCUCAUUUAAUUUUGCAAUGCUGUUUCUGUGAAGUGAAGAUUAAGCUCCCAGAGCCGAAAGGAAUUUGCUAUACAUUUCAAAAAUCAGUUUUAUAGAAAACUUUUGAGGUUUAUUUUAGAAUUUUAAGUUAGGUGAGAGACCUGUCCAAUAUUUUUGCCUGUGAAUAGAGCAUAAAAUGUGCUGACAGUUCUCUAAUCUGGAAUAUUAAAAAUAACCAACAGUUAUUCUGUGACCCAUAACUGUACAAAGAACAUUUGAGCAGGGAAAGGAUACAAAGAUUAAAAAAAAAAUGGUGAUAAUUGGAACUGACCUUGUGUAGAAAGCCAGUAAGUGAAAAACAUGUUAACCAUAGAAUUUUACACAUUUAGGGGGGAAAAAAGGUCAAGCAACGAAUAAUUAUAUUGAAAGCACAAAAAGUUGGAUUGGGGUGGGACACAUGUCUGUUUGCCCAACUGAAUUACUGCUCAGCAUAUACACGACGUAUUUAGCAAAACUGGGAUUGAUCCAGUCUUGCAAUUACAUCCAUAGUAUUGUAACAAGGGAGGCAUGCUGACUUUUAAACAGCACUCCCUGCUGCUAAGGCACUAAUGAUAAAACAGUGUUUCCUCUGAGCAUGUUCUGUGACUGAAACACAUGAGAUUGCCCGAUUUGGAUCACAUACUACUAAGGGAAAGUCAGAAUCAGAAUUCAUGUUUUUCUCCAAACGUGCCCCAUAGGAAAUCUCUCUACAUCAAUGUAAGAUGUUCUCUGUAAUAAUAUGUGAAAGGUUGGAACGGAUCUCACAGCUUUCUUCAAUACACUGAAGCUUUGCUUCAGUAAGAAGCAUUCGUUCUCCAAUAUCUCUUUGAUUUUAUACAGGUCUUAAAUUUAAGUUGUAUAUCAAUGAAACCCUGCAACCUAAAUUUGUAUCUAACAUAUUGCAUCUGUGAUUAGAGAAUAGGAGUUUCAAUAUCGUUCUCUCCAAGGUAUAUGGCAAAGUAUGGGCAUUUUGUCCAUAGCAUACAUUUUCAACAAACUUAGUCCAUAAUGUUUUAGCUGGCCUGAUCUUAAAUGUUAAGGCGUUGUGGAAUCAUGAGCUCACAGAGCUAUUUAUCUGGAUGUUUCAGUCAAGUUAAGCCAGCGGGUCCCAUCACAGAACCUUUGUCAUUUGUAAGUUAACUUUGUAUCUUGUUAACAGACAAUGCUGGAAAGGCUCAGCAGGUCCGACAGCAUCUGUGGAGAGAGAAACACAGUUAACAUUUCCAAUCCGUAUGACUCUUCUCCAGAGCUCCAUAUAAUUGCUCACAAGUCACUGUAGUUUAUUCCUGUUCUUUUUUUCAUUUCUGCAGCUCUUGUUUUGGACAAUGGUAAAACCUUGCUUAUAAUUGCAAAAGGAUGCUCAAUGCAUAUGCUAAUUCCUCUCAUUUCUUUUACUCUUUGCAAUGCUAAAUAACCUGUGCUUAGCUGAUGUGACCUGCGUUCCAAUUAGUCUGAAAAGCAGCUCAACGUCCAAAUACUUGCAGACUUAAACCCUGAAUGCUAUACCAAUUUUUAAAACUCUAAAGAUGGGCAACUAAACUGUCUGUCUUGGCCACCCAACUCUGUGCAGAGUUCCCCUCCCUCCACUGCUUGGCUGCUGUGGGGGGCCUAACUUAAGGGAAGUGUAUUAAAGAAAUAUUCAAAACACUUUAUAAGAUCAUAAGAAAUAGGUGCAGGAGUAGGCCAUUUGGCCCUUCAAGCCUGCUCCGCCAGCCAAUAAAAGUUUGGCUGAUCUGAUUGUAGCCUUAAUUCCUACCAACCCUCCUCCCAUGUCCCUUGAAUCCCUUGUAGAUCAAAAACUCAGCCUUGAAUGUGUUAAAUGAGCCAGCCUCCAUUGCUCUCUGGGGAAGAGAAUUCCAAGGAAUAAUGACCAUCUGAGAGAAGAAAUCCCUCCUUGUCUCUGUCUGAAAUGGGAGAUCCCUUAUUUUUAAACUGCCAUUUUCUCACCUGUAUCCUAUUUGUGACUUGGACCUUUCACCUCUUCCAUGUUAUCCACCUUCACCUCUACUUCAUUCCAAGAUAGCCCGAAACCUUAAAGAUCAUUUUAGUUAAACCUUAAGGUUUGUUUUACAUGCUGUUGAAACGCCCACUAUCUUUGUGGUGAAAGCAUAGAUUGUAUUUUGUUGACCUGCUGGUGAUGAAGAAAUUUAACUGUUAAGUUGUCAAAAUACAUUAAAGCACACAAGUGGUGUGGAGCAACACAGACCACUUAUCGGCAAUAUUCUUGCUCACACCAACCUCAUGAUUUUAUACCAAUGAUUUUACCACGAAUGUACAGCUCCAAAAACACCAGCUUGACACCAGCACCAACAUACAGUACAACUGCAGUCUACAACCUUGGCCCAAAUGGCUGCAUGAGGUCAUAUAUCCUGCAGAGUCGUUACUGUCCUUUCUGUUCGACUGUAAAAAGCAUGGCCAUGACCUGCCUUGGAUUCUUUCCCUGAUGUGAAUUUUAUUUCAAUAAUUACCUUAAAUUUUUAUUGGGGAGGAAAACAUUUUAUGUUUGGAAGCAUUCAAUGAAGAAACAAAUUGGUUUCCAAUUUUUAUAGUACACCAAAUAUCCUAGCUUAUUUCAAACUCAGUGUGACGGAACUACCCAAAGGGUUGAAGGAACAGAUGACUGACUGACAGGGUUCCUUGGGCUCCGUGGCUUAUAUUCAAUAUGGCUGGAGAGGGCAAGGGAAAUAAAUGUUGGGCACUAGUUAUAGUUAUGAAAGAAUUAUUGUUAAUCGGUAUGGCUCCAUAAGAUUGGUGGCCAAGGAAACCUGGAGCAUGUAUUUGAAAAGGUGAGCAAGUCGGAACCUGCAAUUGCAGGUCCAUUAGCUUAAUAUUAGUAACUGGUGGAAAUGGCAAUCACUGAAGGAUCAUAAUGUCAAUCAGAAGCAGCAAGCAUGAAUUUCAGAAUGGGAGAAUCCUGUCAAAUAUAUUUCUUCCACUCCUGAGGUUGAUAGAAAUAGAACAGCAGAUCUUCUGUGACAUUGCUCACAGUGAGUCCGAGGGCAGCUCCGUUUUACAACAACGGGAACAUAAUUCAUGAUGCAUUAACAUGAAUACUUCUGCAGCAAAGACAAUGUUGUGAUUCCCUUAAGGUCACAAGGUGAAUUGGCUACAAAUUGCCACAUUCUGGUCAGUUAGUAGGUAAUUUCUUUGUAGACUGGCAGCAGCAGCAGAUGAUAUCCUUGACUGUUUUACAUCUAUACCAAAGUGUGAGCCUGAAGUUUUAUUUAUAUGCAUUUAGAAUGGAGUCCUCCAUGGUAUCGUCUAUUUGGAUGUUCAGAAAAUACACUGAGCUAUAACUGCGUGGACCAUUCACUUUAUUUUCCAAAGUUUGGAAAAUGCUGAAACAAAUUAUACUGUUAGUCCAUUAGACAAAAUAAUGAACAGUAAAGAGAGAGGGUUUAAAUUAAUGGUUUAAAUCUUAAUCGAUGGAAGGAUUUAAAUCUGUAAUACCAUUCCAGCAGACAAAUGGUAAAUUAAAUUUCAGUGGAAAAUGUAGUGUAUAAAUGGACAGAAAAGUGUGACACAAGUUUACAAUAAUGAAAUAGAUUUAGCUGAGGGAGACUUGCCAGCUCUGAGAAUAAUGGCACAAACACAGUGGGCCUAGUGGCCUCUUUCUGUGCCGUAAACUUUCUAUGAUUCCAUGAGAACGGUAGAAUCAUCAUUUUCAAUGUCGUUCCCUGGCUGAUUAACCGGCAGAGGUCAGAUACUGGAGGGUCAAACCUCAGUGGGCUAAAUUUUCCUGUCCUUGACUAUCCUUGUGUUCUUCAUAUGUCCAUACAUCAGUAGAAGCAGUGUGAUUGCACUAGACUGGAAGUGAUGUUUAAACCAAUGUUUGCAGUGGGACGAUUGCACCUUGUUUGACUGUUAUUGUAGAAUAUCAAUUAUUCUGCCAAAGAGUAUCUGCCAGAUGAUUUUAUUUUGGGACCAGCUGUCACCAGAAUGAAUGCAGGAUUCUAUGCACCAAAUAAAACUGACUAAUGCAAGGGAUUAUCUCCAGAAAAUGGAGAACACUCCUCAUUUACAGCAAAAUAAAUUCAGGUCUGACAAUUCAGGGUCUCCAUUGUAAUAUCAUCAACCACUCACACGCUUUUAAGUGCAAGACUACUAUGACAAGGAGCAGCAAUUGUAUGUUGUAGUAACUUGGAUGUUUUUCUCCCCACUUUCUGAGGAGAGCUAGUUGCUAAAUGUGCAAUUACUUAUUCUUGAAACACAGUUAAUUUCUUUUGAAGUGUUAUUAUUAAAUGUGUUCUGCACUGUAAAAUUUUGAUUUUUGAAAUGCUCUGUCAUGCCAUUUGCAGCAGGAUUGUUUUUUUUCCUCCCAGUUGUCCAUAUCUUUUACUAUCUGUCCAUUCAAGAUUCAUGCUUUAGCCGUGAAGCUGUUUGGGACCUUUGCUUGGAUAGUGUGUCGACUUUCUAUUUAGCUAUCAUGGUAGAUUGACACUAAUUACCUUGGUUGGCUGCUUCUCUAGAAUGUCUCUUCAAAAUGCUCCAUUGAUGAAUGAUGUGCUGUUCAUAGACAAAGAGUAUUUUGUUAAUUGAUUCUUAAAAGCUAUAAAUCUGUUUUCAGUCAAAAAUAGGUGCAAGAUAAUUGAUUAGUUCAAAACUUAGGACAAGCACAUUCUGGCUGUAAUUUCUUCUUUGUUUUAGUUGACAUGUUAAGAAAUGCAAUGCACUCUUUUGCAUGAAGAAGGUGACUCAUUUGUUGUACCUGCUGUUAAAACACCUCUGCCUUUGUUUUCCAAACUUACUGACCUCCUCUCAUUGAUGAUGAAGACGGUCAAUUUUUAAUAUGCCCCAAAACUACCAGCAAAGAAUUCAUUUAGACUUGAGUUAGUUUGGUGAAUCCAGUACACAGGAAUCAGUUUUGGGUUCAAUUUGCAGGGAAACGUCUGCAAAAAACCAAUGACUGAAGUGCAUCACUCAAUCAUGUAUGCGUGCUAAUUAUUGCUACAUUAUGCAAGUUUUAGGAAUAAAUCUACAACACCAGUGUAUGAUUACAUUGACUUUAAUAAAAUGAGUAGCAGGUUACUGAUUGAUUAGACUUUCUAUGUACUGACAUAAUCAUGUUCCUAAUCAGUGUUCCAGCAUGUAUUGGAAUUUGCAGAUAAUUGUACUGCAGCUUGUCUCAUACAUUGUUUACAUCUUUGCAUCUGUGAAUUUUUUGACUCUUCAACAAUCCAAAUUUGUGACAAACAAUCUAUUUAGGAGCAAAUGGAUUUCAAGGAAUUUUUCAAGAAAUUUUUCCAGUUUUUAAAAAGAUGGAUGCUCAUCUGUAUUUAAGAAUAUGCAAUAAAGACAUUAUUCCAAGUU